AUGGGAGGCGGGCGGAAGCGCGGGCGCACGCAGCGCCGCCACUUCAAGCAGGGCCGCGAGAACGUCUGGAAGCACAACCCUCAGCGUCCUCCCGCCGGCGAAGGAGGCGAGGGGCGGGAGGGCAAUCCCUCGUGGCAGCCCUUCGCCACCGAGAACCCGGCCUUCGAGGACUACUACAAGGAGCAGCAAAUUGUUCCUGAGGAAGAGUGGGAUAGCUUCAUGAGUAUGCUCCGGAAGCCAUUACCUGCCACUUUUAGGAUUAAUGCGAGCUGUCAGUUUUUUCAAGAUAUCUGCUCGCAAUUGGAAAACGACUUCAGGAAAUCAUUAGAAACUGAGGUCACCGAUGAACAUGAAGAAGAUGCUAUUAGGCCUUUGCCUUGGUACCCAGGUAAUCUUGCAUGGCAUUUGAACUUUUCUCGAAUGCAGCUGAGGAGAAACCAGGCACUUGAGAGUUUUCAUGAAUUCUUGAAGCGAGAGAAUGAAGUUGGCAACAUAACUAGGCAAGAGGCUGUCAGUAUGGUUCCACCACUGUUUCUGAAUGUGCAACCUGAUCAUCAUAUUCUUGACAUGUGUGCUGCUCCAGGAUCUAAAACUUUCCAGUUACUUGAGAUGAUUCACCAGUCAACGAAGCCUGGAAUGCUUCCAAAUGCCCUGGUGGUAGCUAAUGAUGUUGAUGUGCAAAGAUGCAAUCUUCUUAUUCACCAGACCAAGAGAAUGUGUACAGCUAACCUGAUUGUGACAAAUCAUGAAGCACAAAACUUUCCUGGUUGUAAUCUUGCAAAGUUCUCUUCAGAAGUGUGUAUGGAUGAGGCAAAGCUGCAGAGGUUGGAGUUUGACCGCGUUCUUUGUGAUGUGCCUUGUAGUGGUGAUGGGACUGUCCGUAAGGGCUCUGAUAUGUGGAGGAAGUGGAAUGCUGGUAUGGGGAACGGACUUCAUCGCCUGCAAGUGGAGAUUGCUAUGCGUGGUAUGGGUUUGCUCAAAGUGGGUGGGAGGAUGGUUUAUUCAACAUGUUCAAUGAACCCUGUUGAAAAUGAAGCUGUUGUUGCUGAGGUACGGGAUAGAGGGUCUUGGUUUGGUGUCCACGAAGAUGUACCUCGCUACAGGAAGCAUGUGAUAUCACCAAGUAUGUUUCCCUCUGGGAAAGGCAGCAAAGAUAGUCUUUACGGAGAACAAGAAACAAAUAUAACAAUUGAUGACAGCAAUAAUGGUGACAAUCUGAAAACCGAAGAGGGAACCAAAGUUAAUUGCGAGUCUGGUGAAGCUACAGCUAGUUAUAAAAAGUUAAAUUCUACUCCCAUCUGUACAGAACAUUCAGAUUAUCCACUGCAUCGCUGUAUGAGAAUUGUUCCUCAUGACCAGAACAGUGGGGCAUUUUUCAUUGCAGUCCUUCAUAAACUCUCCCUACUGAACGAGAACCAGGUGGUAGAUGGGGUAAAAAGUGAGCAGAAUAUUUCAAAAGACAAAACUGAGAAUCUGGAGAAAGAUUUAGGAUCAGAUAAGGCAUCAUCUGAAGAAAAUAUAGUGCAUCAGCAAGUGAUUGAUAACACAAAUGUUCUGGAUGGAGAACAAAAUGGAGACGGGGAUAACAAAAGUUCAAAAGAUAAGAGCUCAGAGGAUUCUAAGGUGAAUGUUAAUGAGGCGGAAAAUGGUCAAGCAGGAACAAGGGAUAGGAGGAGGCAGCAGAACCAAGGCAGGUGGAGAGGGGUUGACCCUGUGAUAUUUUUUAAAGAUGAAGUGACAGUCAAAAGUAUUGUAUCUUUCUAUGGUAUCACAGAUUCAUUUCCACUUGAAGGUCAUCUCGUGACUAGAAAUCCUGAUACUAGUCAUGUGAAGAGAAUAUACUAUGUGUCAAAAUCUGUCCAAGAUGUUUUGGAGCUCAACAUAAAAGUUGGCGAGCGGCUUAAGAUCACCUCACUAGGCCUAAAGAUAUUUGAAAGGCAGUCUUCAAAGGAAGGCUCGCCAUGCACAUUUAGGUUGUCAUCAGAGGGAUUGCCGCUCCUGCUUCCAUACAUCACAAAACAGAUUCUAUAUGCAUCUGCAAUUGACUUUCAGCAUCUUUUACAGUACAGGACUAUUAAGUUUCCUGAUUUCGUGGAUGCAAAAUUUGGUGAGGAAGCUUCAGCUUUGCUUCCAGGUUGCUGUGUCGUAGUUUUACGUGAAGGGCAUCAGGAUAUAGGAUCCAUAGCUACAGAUCCCUCAGCCAUUGCCAUUGUUUGCUGGAAAGGAAAGACCAAUUUGUGUGUCAUGGUUUCUCCACUAGAUGGGAAGGAACUGCUUGAGAGGAUUUCAUUGCGUUUUGGGCUCAAAAUUCCCAAAGGGGAUAAAGAGAAACCCAGCCAGGAGAUUGCUGGAUCAGACGAGCUGCUUGAUUGUGCCACUGAGGCGGACGAUCAAGAAUGUUUUCCUGAAAGCAAAGCAUCUGACAUCGAAAUUUCAGAUGCUAAGGAUGCUGAGUAG